UCGUGACUGCUUUUCAAAAUGGCGGUUGACACUGAGUGACAGUGUCUGUGGCGUUUGAAGUUGGUUUGAAGCUUACAGUUGUUCUCAUGUUUGCUUGCAAUGAGCAAGCAUCACAAACGCAGUAUCCUAGAGAAUAGUGAAGACCCCAAGAGCUCGCUGAGAGAACCAUGUAAUUCCUUAAGCACUUCAAAAACAUUUCUACAUUCAGGUAGUGAUGUUAAAGAAUUAAAUUUAUCUUGGAAGAAGCUGCAGACUGGGAAACUUAAAGGGGCAAGCUCUUCAUCAACAGGGUCAAAGAAACAUAAUGCAUGGAUUGCAUCUUCCUUUGGUGACUUUGAUGAAGGCAAUGCAAAGAGAACAAAACUAGUAAACAUCAAGAAUUCCUUCAACACAAAUGGUCGUCAACUGGUUCCACAGAAACUUAAGAAAGAUGAAGAUCUCUGGCUAGACAAGUACAAACCAAAGUCAGAGUCUGAACUUGCGGUUCACAAGAAAAAAGUGGCUGAGGUCCGUAACUGGCUUCUGGAUCACUUCUGUUCACAGUCGUCAUCUGGAGCUGUGUUGCUCCUGACUGGUUCAGCUGGUGCAGGCAAGACUGCGACAGUUCAUGUGUUGGCAAAUGAGCUGGGAUUUGAAGUGCAGGAGUGGAUCAACCCUCUUAGUGAGACUGACGCUGAUGGUGAGUAUUCCAACUGGAGCAAGAGCAGUCAGUCCCAAGUUAGACAGUUUCAAGACUUUAUUCUGCGUGNAUUUACUAUUUUCAUUUCGUUAAAAAUAAAAUCCAUUACCAUCCUUUUUCCUACUUUCAGCUUCAAUCCUGUGGCACACACCAGCUUGGUAAAAGCUAUGAACAGAAUAACUUCUCUGGAAGCUCAACAGAGUCAGAAUAAAUCAACUUUUAUGAUUCCAAGUAAGGAAACAGUUGAGCUGUUGGCUCAGAAUAGUGGGGGAGACAUCCGGACUGCUAUUAAUGGCCUUCAGUUCUCUUGUUUAAAAGACAAAUCAUACACUUCAAAAAGGAAGUUUAAUCUGGCAAGAAAAGAUGAGAGUAAGUCUAAAAGGUCAAAAGCAAGGACAACAAAAGGCGAAAAACAGAUUAACUCAGUGCACGAAGGUGCCGAUGCUUCACACUCUAGUCAGACAUCACAGUGUCUGGUUUACAGCAAAGAGAACACAGACAAUAACCUUGUGUCGGAGACAGUCACAGCCAUUGGUGGAAGAGAUACAGCUUUGUUUCUCUUCAGAGCCUUGGGAAAGAUCCUGUACUGUAAAAGAGAUCCAGGAUUGUCAGAUGUAGACCUGCUUCCAUUUCACUUGUCACAUUAUGCAAGAAACCAGUUGUUAUUCUCUCCCGAGGAUGUGUUAGAUAGAACUCACCUUUCCAGUGAAGUUUUUAAUCUUUACCUUCAUCAAAAUUAUCUGGAAUUUUUUGAUGAUAUUGAUGAUGUGGUGAACAUCAGUGAAAACUUUAGUGAUGCAGACUACAUGACUAAAGAGUGGAUGCAUCAGUCUUCUAUGAGGGAAUACAGCUCUUGCCUGGCGGCACGUGGGCUGAUAUUUAAUGGCAGACCGGGAGGAAAUUCCAGCAGUGUGGGGAGAGGAUGGAGACCACUCCAUAAACCACAGUGGUUUGAUGUCAACAGAAAAAUGCAAGAUGGUGCUUGCACUGCAAGAGACUUAUUCAGAGGUUGUCAUUGGCCAUCAUUAGUCUUGCAAACAGAGAUUGUCCCAUAUUUAGCUAUUACUGAUGUACCACUGAGAACACCAGGUGUGGGACUAAAUAUAAGAAUUAUUUGUCAGUUCAUCAUUAUGAAAAUGACUAUUAAAGUAUUAAUCUCCGGUGCUAGACAUGCACUGUAUGUAAUUCAUGUAUUGGCGCAUAUCUCAGCCAGAACUUUGUGCUGUGGCCUGUUACUUUGCACACUCUAUUUUGCUAGCUACAUGGGGGAGUGAGAGACGUCCAAGAGUUGAUAGUUUUUUUUGACAUUAAUUUUUUGAGGUUUAACCUUCAGAGGUAAAAUUUACUUAGUAUGGUAUUUACAUGAUUAAGAGCCGCCCCCGAUUAAGCACUGCAUACAGUAUGUCGAGGAAAAGUAUUAUAGCGUACCACCCUUAAGUAUGUGCCGCAUUCAUUUGUAAU